AUGGCCACGGCGCCGCAGAAGGUGCCCAUGUCCAUCCACGAGCCCAACAAGUACAUCAACUACCAGCGCAUCGAGGACAACCUCGAUAUCGUCCGCAAGCGCCUGAACCGGCCGCUGACGCUGUCGGAGAAGAUCAUCUACGGUCACCUCGACAACGCCGCCGAGCAGGAGAUCGUCCGUGGCGCGUCGUACCUGCAGCUGCGGCCCGACCGCGUUGUGUGCCAGGACGCGACUGCGCAGAUGGCGCUGCUGCAGUUCAUGUCGGCUGGCAUGCCCGAGGUGGCAGUGCCGUCGUCGGUCCACUGCGACCACUUGAUUCUCGGCGAGAACGGCGCUGCGUCGGACCUGACCCGCGCCAAGGACGUCAACAAGGAGGUCUAUGACUUCCUGGCCACUGUCUGUGCCAAAUCGUCAUUGAGAACUACGCCGUUCCCCGGCGCCCUGAUCAUCGGCACUGACUCGCACACGCCCAACGGCGGUGGCAUUGGUGCUGCCGCCAUUGGUGUUGGUGGUGCCGAUGCCGUCGACGUCAUGGCGGGCAUUCCCUGGGAGCUCAAGUGCCCCAAGGCUAUUGGUGUCAAGCUCACCGGCCGCCUCAACGGCUGGACCUCGCCCAAGGACAUCAUUCUCGAGGUCGCUGGCAUCCUCACCGUCAAGGGUGGAACCGGCGCCAUCGUCGAGUACUUUGGUCCGGGCGUCGACACUGUUUCGGCCACCGGUAUGGGCACUGUGUGCAACAUGGGUGCUGAGAUCGGAGCCACGACCUCGGUGUUCCCGUUCACUGACAGCAUGCACCGCUACCUGGUGUCGACCAACCGUCCUGAGAUCGCCGAGGCCUCGCGCCAGUUCGCGCACAACCUGCGCGCCGAUGAGGGUGCCCAGUACGACGAGUUCAAGGACACUGCCAAGGAGAAGAACUGGCCCGAGGAUAUCUCGGCGUGCCUGAUCGGCUCGUGCACCAACUCGUCGUACGAGGACAUGACCCGCGCCGCGUCGCUGGUUAAGGAGGCUCUGGACGCCGGACUCAAGGCCAAGUCGAGCUUCAUCAUCACUCCGGGAUCGGAGCAGAUCCGCGCUACCACCGAGCGUGACGGCGUCCUGGAGAUCUUCCGCCAGGCUGGCGGUACCGUUCUGGCCAACGCCUGCGGCCCGUGCAUUGGCCAGUGGGCUCGCCACGACAUCAAGAAGGGCGACCGCAACACCAUCAUCACCUCGUACAACCGCAACUUCACCGGCCGUAACGACGGUAACCCGGCCACCCACGGCUUCGUCGCCUCGCCUGAGAUUGUGACGGCCAUGGCGUUCGGCGGCUCGACCAACUUCAACCCGACCACCGACACCAUCACCACCCCGUCGGGCAAGCCGUUCAAGUUCUCGGCUCCCAACGGCCUUGAGCUGCCCACCCGCGGCUUCGACGCCGGUGAGGAGACCUACCAGGCCCCGCCGGCCGACCGCUCGCAGGUGAAUGUGCAGGUCAACCCCGAGAGCCAGCGCCUGCAGCUGCUGGCGCCGUUCAAGCCGUGGAACGGUGAGGACAUUGAGAACGUGCCUGUGCUGAUCAAGGUCAAGGGCAAGUGCACCACCGACCACAUCUCGAUGGCCGGCCCGUGGCUCAAGUACCGUGGCCACCUGGACAACAUCUCCAACAACAUGCUGAUUGGCGGCAUCAACUCGGAGAAUGGCGAGGCCAACAACAUCCGCAACCAGGUGACCGGCGAGUUCGGCGCUGUCCCGGCUGUUGCCCGCGACUACAAGGCCCGCAACAUCCCCUGGAACUACGGUGAGGGCUCUUCGCGCGAGCACGCCGCCAUGUCGGUGCGCUUCCUGGGCGGUGCCGCUGUCAUCGUCAAGAGCUUUGCCCGCAUCCACGAGACCAACCUCAAGAAGCAGGGUCUGCUGCCGCUGACCUUCAACAACCCGAAGGACUACGACCUGAUUGCCCCCGAGGACAAGCUCUCGAUCCUUGGCCUCAAGACGCUGACUCCGGGCAAGCCCCUGACUCUGCGCGUCACCAAGCCCUCGGGCGAGGCCCACGACAUCGUUGUCGACCACACCUUCAACGAGAACCAGAUCACCUGGUUCCACGCCGGCUCGGCCCUGAACCACAUCGCCAAGGUCAACAACGCCUAA